AUGUAUGUGAAGGGCACUAAAAUCAUCAUUGAAGAAAAAAAAAAAACUCGAAUGCUGACCACUAUCGCUCAUAUAGCCACAGACGCAACUUCGUCUGUUCCUUUUCCUUUUUUCCUUCAUUUCUUUCUCUCUCUCUCUCUCUCUCUCUUCAUUGAUUCUUUCUUUUUUCAAUUCCACUCCCUCUUUCAUUUCAUUUUUAAAUUCCCCACCUCUCUCUCUCUCUCUCUCUCUCUCUCUCUUAAAAAAAAAACAAAAUCAACCUCUCUGCUUAUCUUUCUCGUAAAACCCUCCCUGUUCAAUUCAAGAGACUCACAUAUCAUCAAGAUUGAUAUGGAAGAAGAAAAUGUGAAAAUGUCCCAAGACACUGAAGAUACAAGUGCGCCAUUGCAGAUGACAGAAGUUACAGGUGCUGCUUGUCCUUCUGGUGAUGCCCAGUUAGAUAAAAAACAGGAAUUAAUAGGCAAGGACAGUACAGAGGAUGAGGAAUUAGCACAUAUGGUUGUUCCUGGAAACGAUGUUCCAAAAUGGUGUUCCUGCCGUUGGGCAUUUUGCUACAUCAGCUGUGUGGCUAUGAUGUUUGUCUAUUCUGUACGUGUGGACAUUAGUGUUGCCAUCGUUUGCAUGGUCAAAGCAAAACCGCCUAAAUUUAUGAAUGACAGUCAAGAAAAUCAGUUGUGUUCAUUAACACAUUCAAAUAGCAGUAGCAGUAGUGCAGAAUUUGAAUGGAGUGACGGUCUUAAAGCUAAUAUUUUGGCUGGCUUCUUUUAUGGCUAUACAGCCAGCAACAUUCCUGGUGGUUUCCUGGCAGAUCGUUAUGGAGGCAGGAAAGUAUUUGGCAUGUGCAUCUUGUUGUCAUCAAUCAUGACACUUUUACAUCCAGUUUUAAGUCGAGUCAGUGGUUAUUUAACACUGGUUCUUCGAAUCUUAACUGGUUUUGUAUCUGGGCCAUUUUUCCCUUCUAUGCAUUCCUUGUGGGGACGAUGGGCACCACCGAUUGAACGAAGCAAGCUCAUGGCCAUUUGUUAUGCAGGACCUUACAUGGGAAAUAUCAUCACAUUAACUUUGUCUGGCUAUCUUUGUGCAAAUGGAUUUGAUAAUGGAUGGGGUUCCAUCUUCUAUAUUAUAGGAAUUGUGGGCAUCCUAUUCAGUCUCCUCUGGCUCUACAUUGUUCGUGAAACUCCAAAUACUCAUCCACGAAUCACACAAGCAGAAAAAGAUUUUCUGCGCGAUGCUAUUACAUGCAAAGCAAAGGUUACACAUAUCCCUUGGAAGAGUAUCUUCACAUCUGGAGCUGUCUGGGCCAUCAUUGUAGGGCACUUCUGCUAUAAUUGGUCAAACUAUACAUUACUUACCGUGCUGCCUCUUUUUAUGAAACAGGUUCUAUAUUUUGAUAUCAAAACAAAUGGUCUAAUGUCAUCCAUUCCUUAUCUUGGACAAUUCCUUGGAUACACAGUAAUUGGUAGCAUUGCCGACUUUAUUCAACAAAAGCAAUGGUUGUCCACACGCAAUACUCGUGUUUUGCUUCAAUUAAUCUCCUUCUUUGGCACUGCAGGAUUCCUGGUAGGCACAAGUUUUGUCAAAUGCACAUCAGCUAUGUCAGCUGUAGCAUUUUUAUUCUUUGCUGCUGCAUUCAUGGGGCUCAGUGGAGGUGGCUUCUUUGUUAAUCAUGUGGAUAUAGCUCCAAGUUAUGCUGGAAUUUUGUUUGGCAUCACAAAUUGCAUCAGUGCGCUCUCUGGAUUUCUUGCACCUCUUGUGGCUUCAGUUUUAACAGGAAAUCACACACAGUCAGAGUGGCAGCGAGUUUUUUUUGUUUGUGCUGGCCUUUCUGCAUUUGGGGGUAUAUUCUUUGCAAUAUUUGCUAAAGGUGAAGUCCAGACAUGGGCAGUCCAGGAAAAAUCAAACAUCCAGUUGGAGAGAAAGCGGAGUAUAUACAUCCAGAGAACCAGUAGUUGUUGGAUAUUGUGUUGUCAGAAGAAAAAAGCAGAGUACAAACUUUAA